UCAUGUUAAUGUGCAGCGACUGCAGCGUGUUGUUGAUUUCUGGGCUCUUUAACCGAUGUGGCGCACAGAGUCUGAUCUACAGAGUGUUGGUGACUGAUGAUCUGCUGUCUGUAGGUGUGGAGAACGUCACCAUCCAGCUCAACCUAGAGGCUGAGUUUCACUUCACGCAUCUCAUCAUGACCUUCAAGACCUUUCGGCCUGCUGCCAUGGUGAUUGAGCGGUCAGCUGACUUCGGGAAGACGUGGCAGGUUUACCGUUACUUUGCUUAUGACUGCGAGUCGUCCUUCCCGUCCGUGUACCGGGGUCCAAUGAGAAAGGUUGACGAUGUCAUCUGUGACUCGCGUUACUCUGACAUUGAGCCAUCCACUGAAGGAGAGGUGAUUUUCAGAGUGUUGGAUCCAGCAUUCAGGAUCGAUGACCCCUACAGUCCCCGAAUCCAGAACAUGCUGAAGAUCACCAACUUGAGGGUGAAGUUCACCAAACUGCACACGCUUGGAGACAACCUCCUGGACUCCCGUAUGGAGAUCAAAGAGAAGUACUACUACGCCAUCUAUGACAUGGUGGUGCGAGGAAACUGCUUCUGCUACGGACACGCCUCUGAGUGCGCCCCCGUCGAGGGAGCUGGGCAGAUAACAGAGGGCAUGGUUCAUGGCCACUGCUUAUGUAACCACAACACUAAAGGUCUGAACUGUGAACAGUGCCAGGACUUCUACCACGACCUCCCCUGGAGACCCGCAGAGGGACGCAACACCAACGCCUGCAAGAAGUGUAACUGUAACCAGCACUCGGACUCGUGUCACUUUGACGGGGCAGUCUUUGCGGCUUCAGGAAACGUGAGCGGAGGAGUUUGUGACGACUGUGAGCACAACACGGCUGGAAACAACUGUGAGCAGUGCAAACCGUUUUACUACCAGCAUCCGGAGAGUGACAUCAGAGACGCCAACAUCUGCCAGCCCUGUGACUGCGACCCCGUGGGCUCUCUGAACGGAGGACUCUGCGACGGCACGACGGACUUCCGAGCCGGGCUGAUCGCCGGUCAGUGCCGCUGUAAAGCCAACGUGGAGGGAGAACGCUGCGAGCGCUGCAAGCCGGCGCAUUUUGGGCUGAGUGAUGAGCCUGCAGGCUGCAAAGCGUGUACCUGCAGUCCUCUGGGAACUCUACCUGGAGGAAACCCCUGUGACAGAGAAACAGGAAGUUGUUUCUGUAAACGUCUGGUGACCGGGCGAGACUGUGACCAGUGUGUGCCUGAACACUGGGGUCUCAGUAACGACAUGGACGGCUGCAGACCAUGUGACUGCGACCUCGGAGGCGCCAUCAACAAUCAGUGUGAUCACGUGACCGGUCAGUGCGUCUGCAGAGAUCACAUGUUCAGCCGCCGCUGCGAUCAGGUGGAGUCUGGGUUCUACUUCAUUGCUCUGGAUCACUACACCUACGAGGCUGAGGACGCAAAGUUUGGACCUGGAGUGACGGUGGUCCAGAGGCCACACCCUCAGGACCGUAGUCCCACUUGGACAGGCAUCGGGCUAGCCAACGUUCCAGAGGGGGCCUUCUUGGAGUUCACUGUAGACAACGUCCCUCACUCAAUGGAAUAUGACAUCCUGAUCCGCUACGAACCGCAGCUGCCGGACGUGUGGGAGGAGGUUCUGAUGACGGUGAUGAGACCCGGACCGAUCCAGCCGGACAGCCGCUGCAUCAACACGGUGCCCGACGACGACAACCAGAUGAUCUCGCUUCACCCAAGUUCACGGUGUCUGGAUGGUUACUAUGGUGACCCAGCACUGGGGUCAGGUGACCACUGUCGUCCCUGCAUGUGUCCCGACGGCCCCGGCAGCCCGCGGCAGUUUGCAGGAAGUUGUUACCGCAGCGAUGACUCUCAGCAGAUCAGCGGUCAGUGUUCCUGUCACACCGGCUUCGGAGGAAGAACGUGCAGCGAGUGUAAAGAACUGUUCUGGGGAGACCCUGAGGUCAAAUGUCACGCCUGUGACUGCGACCCUCGUGGGAUCUCCGAGCAGCAGUGCAACAAAGUCAGCGGUCACUGCGUGUGCGUGGAGGGUGUGUCCGGGCCGCGCUGCGACACUUGCGCUCGCGGAUUCUCAGGAACUUUCCCCAACUGCAGCCGCUGUCACGAGUGCUUCGCCGAGUGGGACAACAUCAUCGGCCAGCUGACCAAUCAGACACACCGCCUGGUCAACAAGGUAAACGCCCUCAAAGCUAGCGGCGUCAGCGGGCCGUACAGGAAGUCCAUUGAAAGCAUGGAGAAGAGCGUUGCCGACAUCCAGACCAUCCUAGAUGGGAAUCCGGCAUCACAACCGCUAACGGAGAUCCAGGAGCUGCUGCAGGAGGCCGGUGACCUGAUGGGAGCCCUGAGCCACACAUUGAACCUUACUGAACAGACUCUGGUCCAGGUGGAGGACUUGGACUCUGCUGCAGGAACUAAACUGGACUCUGUGAUGUCAGAGGCACAGAAACUGGAGGGGACAGUCCAGGAGCUCCUGGACCAGGUCGAGUUCAUCAAGAACUCCGACAUCAGAGGUGCAACAGACAGCAUCACUAAGUACUUCCUGCAGUCCCAGGAGGCCGAGGCCCGAGCUAACGCCUCCACCAUCGACAGCGGCAGCCCGGUUGAAGCCUCUGCUGCUCUACGGCAGCUCACAGAAGACAAACUGAACCAGACCCGAGAGAAGUUCAUGAAGAGACAGUCUGAGCAUGCUCAAAAACUGGAUGACCUGGCAGGAGAACUGCAGAGUCUGGACCUAGCAGAGCUCAGCAGCAAGACCUGUGGCAGUCCAUCUUUGGGUCAAGACGCAUGCGGGUCUUCUUCCUGCGGUGGUCUGGGCUGCGUGAAUCCUGAGGGCGGGGCCAGGUGUGGAGGAGAAGGCUGUAGUGGUGCGGUAGCAACGGCCAACAGUGUCCUGAGGAAGGCUCGGGACUCUGAACAGGAAAUCAUCCACGCCAUGGAGGAAGUGGAGAAGCUGUCUAAGAUGGUGUCAGAAGCAAAGCUAGAGGCGGACAAGGCCAGGCUGAGUGCUCAGAACGUCCUGAUGAAGACCAACAGGACCAAACAGAAAGUUGACCAGAGCAACGAGGAGCUGCGCAGCCUCAUCAGACACAUCAGAGACUUCCUCACCCAGGACGCUGCAGAUCUUGAGAGCAUUGAGCUUGUGGCAAACGAGGUUCUGGACAUGCAGAUGCCAACCACGCCGGCUCAGCUGCAGAACCUGGCCGACGAGAUCCGGCAGAAAGUGGGAGAACUGGGACAUGUGGAAAACAUCCUGCAGGAAAGCGCAGACGACAUCCAGAGGGCCGACAAGCUGCUGGACGAGGCUCGCCAAGCCAGCGAGGAGGCGCGUGACGUCAGAGACUCUGUGGAGAAAGUGAAGCGAGCACUGGAAGAAGCUCAGAAAGCUCAGACGGCUGCCAGCAGCGCUAUCCAGCAGGCCACGGCCAACAUCCACAACACCAGCCACCUGUUGUCCUCGGUGGAGUCGGAGACAGCAGAUGCUGAGUUAAAGCUUUCAAAUGCCACCCAGAGGCUGCAGAAGCUCGAACAGGAUGUGACGCUGCUGAAGGACAAAGCUGUGAACGUUACUCUUAGUGCCAAACUGACCAAUCAGGAAUCAGUGAGCGUCAGAAGCAUGGCAGAGGAGCUGAAGAAGGAGCUGGACGGCGAGCUGAAGGAGAAGUAUGCCACCGUGGAGCAGCUUAUUGGUCAGAAGACGGGAGGCAUGGUUGACGCCAAGAAGAGGGCACAGUCACUUCAGCAGGAAGCCAAAGAGCUGCUGCUGCAGGCCAGUGACAAGCUGCAGCUGCUGAAAGAUUUGGAGAAGUCUUAUGAAGACAACGAGCGCGCUCUGGAGCAGAAGGCAGAGCAGCUGGUGGAGCUGGAGGCAGCAGUGAAGGGGCUGCUGCAGGAGAUCAGCCACAAGGUGACCGUCUACAGCACCUGUGUGUUUUAGGAUCAGACUGA